AUGAAGCUACAUUCCAAAUCAAUCGAUACAACAAAGAAGUUAUACAAGCUUGGCGUGCAACAAUAUGUGAAGAAGAAAUUCGAAAAAGAUUUAGGAAAUAUUGAACAUGUUAGUGAAACAAGAUUUGAAAAUGAAGAAAAAGACUUAGUUAUGGCAUUUAGUAUAUUAACAUUAAAAUAUAAAAAUAGUCUAUUAGAAGAAGGUUUUUAUGCUCAUAUUGGUCGACAUGAAUUAUUAAUUGUCGAAGUUAUUUUAUCAAUAUUAUCUAUUUUACUUAUUUAUCUUUAUUUUACUAAAGAUACAUGUACAUCAAUAAUAAUGGGAAUAAUUAUUGUUAUUAUUUUAAUUCAAUAUUCUGAAUAUUAUCCAAAAACUUUGCCAGCUUUUAUUCUUUUUAUUUCAACUUGUCUUAUCUUUGGUGGAUCUAUAUCUCAUUUGAUCAAAAUUCUUAUAACCAUUUUAUCUAUUUCAAUUUAUCUUCCUUUGAUUAUUUUUACAAAACAAAUUUCAACAUCAAUUAUUGUGGAUCUAUGUGUUUGUAGAUUAAUUUCAUUGAUAGUUCUAUAUGGAAUAAGUCGUCAUGUAGAAGUAGUUCGUCGUUAUCAAUAUCGUGUUGUUCAUAAGUCGUCCGAACAAAGAAUUGAAAUAGAAAAAGAACGUGAUCGUGCUAAUUGGCUUUUAAGAAAUAUUUUACCGAAACAUGCUAUUGAGCCAUUACGUCUCCAUCGUGGUUCAUAUUCUCAUAAUCAUCCAUGCGUUGGUGUUCUUUUUGCAUCAUUAAUUAAUUAUCAUGUUAUGUAUGAAGAACAAUAUGAAGGUGGAAAAUUUUAUUUAAGAAUUUUAAAUGACUUUUAUGGAGAUAUUGAAGAAUUAUUUCUUGAUCCAAGAUUUUCAGAAAUUGAAAAAAUUAAAACAAUUGGAACAACAUUUAUGGCCGCAUCAGGUUUACAAACAGAUGAAAAUGAUCAAAAUCCACUUGGAUCUGUUUGUGAUCUUGUUGAAUUUGCUUUAGCAUUUGAGACAACAAUGAAUCGAUUUAAUGAAACACUUUUAAGUUUUGCAUUUGAACUUUGA